UUUUGUCUCACCCUAAAGUUGCCAUCAAUCGGUGUUGUUGUUGGAGUAAUGAUGGCGGCAACGGGAUGCGGAUCUGCUGGUGUGCCAACAGCCGGAGUCGCGGGUGGUGUGGCAGCGGCUCGAGGUCGGUUUCCCGGCCGACCAUUUUCAUCUCGUAGCCGUUUGCGGUCAGAAAGACGGUGGCAGUUGAGCCGGUCAAGGACGGAACCAGACGACAGUCCGAAUGGUGCAGGCCCGCGGCCUUCCUGCCUGCCACUUGGGUUGAGUGAAGACCAGUCUCAUCUGCGUUUGCUGGGAAUAGAGGCGAGCCACAAGAGCCUUGGACAGGUUGGAUAUAGCACCAGUGGAAGCGAAGAAGUCUAUAAUGUAAGCAGAGACGACAAUGCAUUUCCCUCUCUCUUGCCUGCAUGCAGACCAGAGGGAGACGAUUUUCAAGGGUUUGAUGCUGAGAAUCGAAGUCCACUACGAUCGGGAAAAAGGCCUACCCCUGUAAAAAGUAAAAGAAAUGUCACAUCAACGUCUACAAAAAAAGGCUCCAAGAAACUCAAAAAUGUGAUUCCCACGCAGAAAUCCAAUUCUUCAAAGGACGCAGAAAAGGAUGAUUCUACUACGAAAAGUGAUUCUAAAAAAAAUCGGAAAAAACAGCAAUCAAAUUCUUCAAAAGACACAGAAAAGGAGGAUGACUCUACGACAAAAACUGAUUCUAAAAAAAAUCGGAAAAAGCAGCAAUCCAAUCCUUCAAAAGACACAGAAAAGGAGGAUGACUCUACGACAAAAAGUGAUUCUAAAAAGAAUCUGAAAAAGAAGCAGGUAGCACAGCAUCCUAGGAUCACCAUCAAGCUAACAACUAAGGUGAAAAACAAGGAAAGUAUUCCAAAGUCGGCACAAAAAAUGAAAGGAGCAAAACUCACGUCAAAAUCCAAGAAAAUACAAGAUGCUCAAAUCUCUCAUGUCCAUGUUAAAUUAAAGAAGAAAAAAGAUGGUGAUGGUGUGAAACUGCAAGAGGAAGAGAAGGAAAAACCUCCGCAACCCACAGUAAACCGCCGUGGCCGCUCUGCAAGCAAACUAGCUGAUUUGGAUUCAGCAGAGAAGUCAGGACGUCAGCAGAGCCAUGACGAGCCAGAUUCAGUGAAUGUUGAAAAUGUUGCUGAGAAGAAAAAAGGCAAAAGGCAAAAGGAUAGAAAAGGGGGAGAAAAUGCUGACAAAAUGGGCACUGGAACAUGUGACUUGGCAAAACAAGACGAGGGUACAAAUAGCCAGGCAGAACCGUUGUUGGAGAACUCUCCAUUAAAUUAUGUCAAACCAGUGUCCAAAAAGAAAAAGAAUAAACGAAAAAAGAAAUGCCGCAAAGAGUCUAAAAACCCGAGUGUAAACACUGUUGCUGAAAAUGAAGCUAGGCCUGUGGAUUCAGAGAAGGAUUUUUUGAAAAAUGGCAUGGAUAUGGGAAUCCCUGGUCUAAAACUUACAAGGGUCAGAAAUACCAAGUCUUCAUCAAAGAAAAGGCGCAGCAAGUUUGUAUGGACUCUAACUUUGGUGCAGGGUAAAAGUAAGAAUAGUCAGAUUCAAGAGAUGGAAUCUCCAAGCAAGGAGAGUUCUAUUAAAGAUUCUCUACCUGUUCAUCAUUCUUCAGAGGAUAAAGUCGUUUCCCCCGUUCAGCCCCCCUCAGUUGAAGUAGAAUCCAGAAUUGAAAAUACUCUGGUAAAAGCUGAAGAACAAGAGGAGUCAUUGGUACAAAGUACAAUAGAAUGCCUCUCGAGUUCUCAUCCCGACAAUCAGGAGCCCUCUACACAACCUGCACAAGAAACCACUCUGCCAGAGCCUGCUGCUGAGUCCCCUUGCAAAGAGGUUGUCCCACCACUUCAGAUCAAGGUUGUUUCCAAACCCUUCCCUUCCAAAAAAGGGAAAUGCAAUAGUUUAAAGCAGUCAUUUUCAGUUCACCAGGUCACUCAGGUGCAGAGUGAUAAAGAGCUCACCACAAAGCAUUCUUCAGAAUCCACUGAGACCAUUGAAAACCACUCUUCAGUUCCACGCAUCAGACAGACCUCAGCUACUGGUAACACCCGAAAGAAACGUGCAAGGCACAAGCCAUGGACGUCAAGCAGACGAAAGGGUAGCAAGCGGAAGGAGGAACCCAAUGAAACGUCUCCUCUUGUGAAGGAGUCCGAUUGUGACUUCCCCACACAACAAUCUUCUGAACAGACAAGCAGUCAAAAUGAAUCUUCAGGCCAAAAUUUGAGUUCAAGUGGGAUCACACACCCAUCAUUGGGAGUUCCGAGUGCCAAACCACUUUUUUCAGAGGCUGUUUUGUGCAUGUCCCCCUCUGUCCCAGGCGAGGAAAUUAAAGUGAAGGAGGAAGUUGAAGAGCAGCCCUCUCAAGAUGAGGAUGUGUUUUUGGAGAUGGAGCCUUCAGGCCGCAGCAAUUCAGGAAAAAGAACACGCAGUAUAGCGGCACUAAAACAUGGUAAAAGGCGACGUAGGAUUUUAAUUGGGAGACGCAUGAAAAUACAAAAGCCAAAAAAGAUGCAAGAGAAGACCUCAAUAAAUGGGAGUGAAAGCAGUUCACCAUUACCCUCGUCUUCCCCAGUCCACUCCAAUAAACUAAUUGGUGUUCUCAAGACUAAAUACAGGAAAAGACAAGUGAAAUCGGGUCUAAAUUUGUCUGACAACCCGAAGUAUGUGAACACUGAUGAUGGCUCUGAAGAAAAGGAUGACAUCAUCGAAAGUGAAGAGAAGGAUAGUGUGCUUGAGGAAACUAUAUUUGAUUCCAUGUCAAUUUAUCGCGGCAAAUCCAAGUGCCUCAAAAAUAUAAAGCAUUUCAUAAUGCCAGUUGUUAGUGCCCGAUCCUCUCGUGUGAUCAAGACCCCGAAGCGAUUUAUGGAUGAUGCUGGCAUGUCUGUUCUUCCUCGCAGGGGUUCUCCAAAGAAGGGGCACCAGUUGAAUGUGCACUCAAAAAUGCAUAAAAGGAACAAUGAAUUAUCUGGCAAAGGGGAUAAGUCCGAAAGUCAAAUGGAUGGGGAGGAAGAGGAGGAGUAUGAGGAGGAGGAGAAGGAGGUGGAGGAGAAGCAGCAGCAGCAGCAGCAGCAGGAGGAGGAGAUACGUUUGACAGAAUCUUCUUUAAAUGUUGAUUUGGAGUCAGAAUUGCCAAGCAUUCAAAAAACUGCAAGGUCAGAAAAUAAAAGCAAAAGAAAACAGUCUCCAAAGACUGGGAAAAGGAAAUCCCUUUUAAGAGACCCAGGCUUCAAGUGGCAUGCAGUGGGGCCAGUGGGAGAGGAGGUGUACACACUUGAUAAAAAUCUUGAAUAUGAUUAUGAAAAGUUCCUCGGUACCAAAGACUUUGAAACACUGAUUGACUGUGAACCACCCACUAUAUCACUGCCCCGAACAGAAAAUAAAACAUCUCAAAAGCUCAAGAAGAAAAUGUCAGCCCUCAAGAAACCUAAAAGGCUGAAGAAGCUUAACCAGGGACCAAAAUCUCAGAAAAGGAAAAAGAUGAAAGACAAUGUAGCCAGAGAUGCGUUGCCUCUUGACAAGAUCAAACAAGAGGACUGUGGAAGUGGUAGCAGUCUUACUCUUGCCCUUCCCAAAGUGGACAAGUCCAAGCUGAAGAUAGAGGAUCUGGAUUCUCCAGGAGUGGUACGGAAGGUUUCUGUCAGUGUACGUGCUCUUGGCUCCAAGUUUUUGGCGAUGCAAUAUGGAGCACAUGACGUUUUUGAGAUGGAUUCACUUCCAGAAGACAUAUUGGCUGAAAGCCCUGGACCAUCAGAAGAGAGCAAAAUUCCUCAGGAAGAGCAGGAUGCGUUUGAACAGCGGGCUGGCAGUAAGACUUUGAAUGCUGACGACAAGGGUACAUCAUCACGUCUCAGACUCACUGGUGCAAACAAGCGGAUGUUUAACCUUCUGAAGAAGGCCAAGGUCCAGCUCAUCAAAAUUGACCAGCAGAAACAGCUGAAGUCUAGUGGGCUUGUUACAGGUUCUCUAGCAUCACACGAAGGUGGUGGACUGAUAAAACGCCGCAGAGGGAAACGUCAGGAACUUGCCAAAUCAGACAAGCGAGACGGCCCACAAGAGCAGGAUGUGCCGAGAGCGGGACCCAGGAUUAAGCACGUGUGUCGCGCUGCCGCCGUGGCUCUGGGACAGCCGCGUGCCAUGAUAUCCGACGACAUCCCUCGACUCAGUGCGCUGCCUCUACACGAACGCUCAGGCAUCUCCCCCUCACUGGUGAAGCAAGGAGUAGGAUCGCUGUCAGAUCCAGAGAAUGCAGAUGUACCGGAACAGAAGCCUCUGAAGUUCAGACGACCAAACCGCAACUGUUUCGGUCUCCGUUCCCGGCGUUGUGGCACAUGUAAAGGCUGCCUGCACGAGGAGGACUGUGGGAGGUGUAUGAACUGCCUCGAUAAGCCCAAAUUUGGCGGGCCCAACACUAAACGGCAGUGCUGCGUGAUGAAGAGGUGUGACCAAAUCGAGGAAAGGAAGGCGCUGCGUCUCAUCAAGGCACAUAAAGGGCACUUCAAGCGUAAGCGCGUGGCUCAGUGCAGCGGCCACUCUAGCACGGAAGAAGGGGAGGGAGCGGAGGGAGCGGACGACGGGGACAGCCCUUCAGUGCGAAAACAGCCAAGGCGCCAGGUCAGGCCACGGUCUUACGUUGACCUGCUUGAUUAUGACUCUGAUCUGGACGUCACAGGUUCCCAGUCCACUCCAAAACGCAAGGACCUUCGUAAUGCUGAUGAGUACUUCAGAGGAGUUGUCAGUCGCCGCAAAAUGGAAAAGAACCCUCUGGAGCAAACCCCCCCUAGUGUGCUGGCCGCUCUGGCAAACGGAUUUGAUCAAUACGAGAGGGGCCUCUCAUCUGAACCCACACACAAAAUUCGAGUGGACUUUAAGGAGGACUGUGCCUUGGAGAAUGUUUGGCAAAUGGGAGGCCUGAGCAUUUUGACGUCUGUACCCGUGAUGCCCCAGUACGUGUGUCUGUUGUGUGCCAGCAAAGGCCAUCAUGAGCUGUUGUACUGUCAGGUGUGUUGCGAGCCAUUUCACCGCUUCUGUCUGGACCCCUCGGAGCGGCCCUCUGAAGAGAACAAGGAGAACUGGUGCUGUCGACGGUGCAGAUUCUGCCAUGUUUGUGGACACAAAAGCAAACCUUCAAAGCCUCUGCUGGAGUGUGAGAGAUGUCAGAACAGCUACCACCCUUCCUGCCUGGGUCCUAACUACCCGAAACCCAACAAGCGUAAAAAGGCAUGGAUUUGCAUGAGCUGCAUCAGGUGCCGGAGCUGUGGCGUGACUCCAGGAAAAAGCUGGGACACGGAGUGGAAUCACGACAAGGGCCUCUGUCCCGACUGCGCCAAACUCAACGACCAGGGUAAUUACUGCACCAUCUGCUUUAAGUGCUACGAGGACAACGACUACGAGAGUCAGAUGAUGCAGUGUGGCACAUGUAACCAUUGGGUGCAUGCCAAGUGUGAAGGAUUAACAGAUGACCUUUACGAGAUCCUCUCCAAUCUGCCAGAGAGCGUGGUCUACUCCUGUCAACCUUGCAACAGCCACCUGCGGUGCGCUGAGGGAUCCCUGAAGGAUGGCGGAGCGGGAUGGCGAGAACUGCUCCAGGUGGAACUCCGGGCCGGAGUGGAGAAAGUUCUGGCCUGUUUGCUCAGCUCCACACUCACUCAGCAUCUCGUCACACACAGUCAGCCCUCCGAGGACCAACAAGACAGUGAUGUCGAAGAGUCAGCCGUGUGUGACCUCAACUCAGUCGGAAAGAAGUUUGAUAACGGCCUGUACACUACACUUAAAUCCUUCCAUGAAGACGUUGUGCAGGUGAUUUGCAAACAGAUGGAUCAGGAAGACUCUAUUCCAGAAGACACAAGGCCCACGGCGCUCGCUCGCUCUUACUAUUUAAAGCUCAUGGAGGAGGUCUUCCCUUGGUUCAACAGCCAGGACCCUAAAGUUUGGGAUUCUCGUACCAAACCUCUUUCCUUGGGCAUAUUGUCAAAUGCUGUAGUGCCGCCCACUACGGAGCACAUGUACGCUCAGUGGUGUGAGUGGGAUGAAGACUGGAGUAGGACACACUGGACGGCCCAUGAUGGCAUCAACGCUCUGCUCGGACUGAACCUGGACGAAGCAUCCAACUUAACCACUGCACUGACCACCACGCACCACGGUAGCACCACGAAACACAGUCAAAGGCUCCACCCGUCAGUCAAACUGAAGAAAAGAGGCCUGGAGUCAACAACAGGUGUAAAAGACCGACUGUAUAAAUGUGAUCCGGACACAGAGUUUGAGGAUGACCGGCAGUGUGCCCUUUGUCAAAAAUAUGGCGAUGCAAAAUCAAGCGAGGCUGGAAGGCUGUUGUACCUGGGGCAGAACGAGUGGGCUCAUGUGAACUGCUCGCGGUGGUCAGCCGAAGUGUUUGAGGAGGAUAAUGGCUCCUUGAUGCACGUCCACAGUGCCGUGGCAAGAGGAAGACUCAUGCGUUGUGAGCGUUGCAACAAGACGGGAGCAACUGUAGGCUGCUGUUUGACCUCCUGCCAGAGCAACUACCACUUCAUGUGCGCACGCACCCGCAACUGCGUUUUUCAAGACGACAAGAGAGUCUUUUGCUACAAGCACCGCAGUCUCAUCAGUGGGAAGAUGAUCACCGGGCAAGGAUUCGAAGUUCUUCGGCGAGUCUACGUUGACUUUGAAGGGAUAAGUCUACGCAGGAAAUUUCUUACGGGCGUAGAGCCGGAGGCUGUGAACAUUAUGAUAGGUUCUUUACAUGUUUGCAAGCUCGGCAAGCUCACCGGCCUCUCAUCUCGUCACAACAAGCUGUUACCUGUGGGCUAUGAAUGCUCUCGAUAUUACUGGAGCACCAAAAACCCCCUCCAGCGGUGCAAGUACAGGUUCAGGAUUUGGGAGGUCAGACCACCAGUGCAGGAGAAGCCUGUCGAGGAGUGCCUGGAUCAGGGAGAAAACUGCACAAUUGCUCACAGCCCUUGUCAAAAUUCAGAAGCACAAGGGGAUGAUGACACCAUGCCUAAUCCUCCAAAUCAAGACAACCCCAAAGUUCCCGCCACACCAGCGCUGCCCGGUGCCACCCGGUGCCGAGCGCCGCAGAUCAGGAGGCCCGCUGGAGGGAUGUUCAGGCCGCUGCCAUCUCCAGGCGCCGCAAGGCCGAAGUCUCAUAUAUUGACUAUAAGCGACUUUGAUGAAACACUCCGUCCGCGGCAUGGCCAAAGCCCUCACUACCAAUCUGCAAGUUCUCGUCACAUCACCGGAUCUCCUAUUGGGUCUACAUCUGAAGCAAUUCCUUCUCUCAGAGCUGGGAGUUCCGUGCACUCCAAGUUUUCCCAUUCUGCCUCCCCGCUGUUGUCCCUCGGGGCUGCCGAUACCCUGCUCUCCUCAUCCAGUUGCCCCAAAGGUCGAAAUGCCUUUUCCAGUCGCGUCACGUCGUCUUCAAAACCUCUCCACUCUGCCUCAGGGUCACUGCCGUGGCCUGGGGCUCUGGACAGCCCGUCAAACUCACCUACGCACUAUCCCCUGAGAGCAAGACUUUCACGUGAUUCUGGUCAGUCAUACAGCAUUGAGAUGCCCCACAGCUUUGCAUUGCCAUUUGGGAAUAGCUCAUUGCCACAUGAAACCAAGAGCGCUCAAAGGGCUGCACAUGUGGAGCGUGGCGAUGAAUUGCACUACUCGUCUUUCCACAUAGAUACAGGCAUGUCCGACAGCUCCGAGCUGAAAGCAGAGCUCGAGAUUGAUGAAACUCUAAUAAAUGAAGGCGUGGCCAUGAAUUGUAGUGCUCAAAUUGACGUUGAGGGUGAGACUAACCAGGACGAUUUCUGGGAAAAGAGCUUGGACGAAGACAAGGAAAGGGGGCAAACCAUUUCAUGCGCGGCCACUGCUUUGAAUGAGAACUGGGAUAACGCAUCGUCUGACGAGGAGAUGGAAAAUUAUUUUGACUUCACUCGUACGGUCAUCACCCAUCACAGGCCGAUGGAGACUGAGUCCCCGUUGUCUCCCUCCCUCAGGCCCAUACCUCAACUGGACGGAGUGGACGACGGAACAGACAGUGAGGCCUGCAUGACCAACUCGGAUGUCCAAAAUCCAAAAUGCACUGGCCCGGUGCAAAAUAUCCUGCGCUCUGCUGAAGUUUUGCCUGGAUCCAUCAAGACAAAUGAUCUGAGUAUGCAGUUCGGAAUCCCAGCGCCCAACGCUCAGCCUGUCUUUUCAGCAAAUGCUUUGCCACAGAAUGACAUGGCACCUGCCUCCACAGAUAGGCAAAGCACAACUGAGUCCAUUGUCACAGAUGGCGGGUUACUUUCCCCUUUAGAAACUGUCAAAGGAUUAGAGAACAAAAUGGUACCGCCGAUGAUGAAUCCCAUUUUAAAUAGCGAUUUCGCACAAGCGUACUGUAAUUCACCACAUGAACUUAUGACCUUCUGUCAGCCUAUUUCACAGAAAUCCACAUUUCUAGAGUCCCCAAAGGAGGAGGAGGAUGUCAAACUCAGUUUUGAGAAUCUGCAUGAUCAAAAUUCCCUCCUUUACCAAGGACCAAGUUUAGACCUUUCUGUUGGAACACCACUGAUGUUGGAUGAAUGUGAGCCGUCAUCACCCAGUACCUCAUUCACAGAGUUGGUACCAGUUCAAGAGAGCAUCUCAGAAGAUCCUGUAGUUUCUGAAAAUUCAAAAGAAAUGUAUCUCGAUCCUGAUAACGGACACUUUGUGUCAGCUAUGAAUGGCUUCACUGCUUGUACACCUCAAAUGUCUCAAGAGUCUUCACACAGAUUUCUCCCAAAUGAUCCAAACCGUUGCAAGGAAGACGCUUCUGAAUCUCCCAGCCUGCACUUGUAUCAUGCAGAAAAUGUUCAGGAGAAAAACCUUGAAUGCUCCUCUGUCGAGACUUUAAAUCCAAAGCUGAACGCUACAGUUGAGUGCAGUCUAUCCACUUCAGUAAGAAGUGAGGUGUAUUCAUCAGCAGUGGCAUCACAGCAACAAUCCAAAUCCUUUCCGAACACAGUCGCUACUGUGGCGUUGGGCUCCUGCAGUCCAGUUUACCCCACUAAUGCCUUGAGCUCUACCCCGCUCGGGUUCAUAACGUCAUCUUCCCUCUCCCCUCAGACAUCGACGGCGUGCCAAUCCCUGUUUUCUGUUCUGCAGCCAGGCUCAGCUCCUCUUGUCAUAAACGGAUUCAACUCAGGUCGACUUCCCAAAGAUGCACAGCUGGGUAGGAGCAUCUCUAUCAACUUUUCAACUUCACGGUCAACAUUAGAGCCACAGCAGCAACAGACGUCUGCAGUGAAUCAAGCUCUGCCUGGUCACGCCAUUCUGACGGUGAAGGAGGUGGGUGGCCCCAACGUUGACCCUACUCCACACAUCCUACUUGUUAAUCGCCUCGGUCAGAUUUUUGUCAAGAACCCAGAGAGCAAUACUUUUCACCUUCCCACUCCAAGCUCAUCUUCGUACAACUGUGUCACUCAGAUAGCUAGCCUGCUUCAAAGCAAUGCCUUUUCUGCAACUCUGGCAGCCGCGGGAACCGUGCCUGCCACUACCGCACCCGUGGUCCCCAUUUCAAGUAUGACGACACCUGCUCAGAGUUCGGUCGCCAUCACACAGUUAUUAGGAUCCAACAAUGUGGGGGUGGGCUUGGAGGUAAAGAAACCUCAGAAACCUGUCGUGUCUGUAGGGGCUGCAACAAAGAAACCCCGGAAGAAGAAAGACUCCUUGCUGACAAGAAAAUCCAAGUCUGAUGGCAAGCCAGAAUCAAAGCAGAAGAUUCCUCAUGCAAAAGCAAAGACUUCUUCCUUAAAUUCAACAAACUCCAUGGACAGUGCUCAAGCCAUACUCAAUCAGGCGAUGGCCAGCUAUUAUGAUCCAAGUAGGUCCGUCAGUAAUGCACAGAAUACCACGUCCAGUAAAAAUGUCUCAACAACAGUGAACGAUGCCCUGUCUGCCAGCCCUGUUCUCCCCUCAACUUGUGUCUUUGAGCCUGAACCAUCGGCAACUCCACCACCACCCCCUUCGGACGUUUCAAAACCACGAACUCAAGUACGCAUGAAAAGAGUGUCCUCCUUAUCUGAUAGGGCCACCCAUAAGAGAUCCAAGACCGAGAUCAUGGAAAUGGAACAAGUGUCGGUACCGGAGGAGCCGUGCACAGCAAGCUUGGCUGCUGCAAGGUCUGGAGUUCGCAUAAAAGCACCAACGUUCAAAGGGAUUCUAGACCUGGACAAGCUACAGGAGGACGCGAGCAGCGACUCAGAGAGCAUAAGCAGGCUGGGACUAUGGGACCGCCUUGCCAUGCCUCGGGGAGGAGACAAAUAUCCUGCUUGGGACGGUACAGGACGAUACUCCAUGACUGACUGGAACAAGUACUCUGGAUGCACAUACUCCUGUGACGAGCAGCCGCCCUCUGACUCUGAGGACGAGACCCAGCCCAGCCAAGACCAGCCUCAUCUGUGGUUUGAGAUCGUCAGUGACGAUGGGUUCAGUGUGGAAGCAGACAGCAUUGAGGUGGCUUGGCAAGCUGUGGUGGACGGUGUGCAGGAGGCCCGGGCGGCCCACCACCUGAAGCACUUCACCUACCUGGAUGUGAGCGGCGGCCAGAUGGCAGGCCUGCUGCACGAUGCCGUCCUGUUCCUGCUGGAGCAGCUGGAGGGGGCGCAGCACUGCCUGAAGCACCGCUUCCGCUUCCACAAGCAGGCCACCCAGGAGGAGGACCUGCCUGUCAACCCCAGCGGCUCCGCACGCGCAGAAGUCUAUCAGCGGAAAUCAACAUUCGACAUGUUCAACUUCUUGGCUUCGCAGCACCGGCAGCUUCCGGACAUAAGUCCAUAUGAGGACGAAGAGGACGACAUUCCUCUCAAGUCCAUGCGGCGUGCCUCAAAUCUGGAGUUGCCGAUGGCGAUGCGGUUCAGACAUCUGGAGAGAACAUCAAAGGAAGCCGUUGGUGUCUACAGAUCUGCUAUUCAUGGUCGUGGGCUUUUCUGCAAAAGAAACAUCGAUGCAGGAGAGAUGGUCAUCGAGUACGCCGGCAUUGUCAUCCGCUCCGUGCUUACAGACAAACGAGAGAAGUACUACAACAGCAAGGGCAUUGGGUGCUACAUGUUUCGUAUUGAUGACUUUGAUGUCGUGGACGCCACCAUGCACGGUAACGCUGCGCGUUUCAUCAACCACUCCUGCGAGCCAAACUGUUACUCGCGUGUCAUCAAUGUUGAGGGUCAGAAGCACAUUGUCAUCUUCGCUUUACGCAAAAUCUACCGAGGCGAAGAGCUCACGUACGACUACAAAUUUCCCAUCGAGGACGACAGCAACAAGCUCAACUGCAACUGUGGGGCCCGGCGCUGUCGAACCUUUCUCAACUGAUCAGGAAGACACAUGGGGAUUCCCCGUGCAGAGUUUUGGAAGACAUCUUUUUUUCCCCCUCCCCAAGUCAGUGUCUAACUUUAAACACAGCAGAGGAAACAUUGACAUUAAAACAUUGAACAUUGAACAUGGGUCUUCCAGGCGCCACCCCCCCACCCCCAGCCCACCUCCAUUUUUUUUUGGCAAGUUGGUUGACAUCAUUCCAGGCAUCUACCCUUUUCACAUAGUGUCUCAAACUCCACAAGAGUGUGACUGUGAGGCUUUCUGCAGGAUUCACACACGGGAAGAGCAAGUGACCGUGGACUCCAUUACUCUUUUUGUCACCUUUUGUCACAUUGUCACCUCCCUGAGUCAGUCGUAUUGCAAUUUGAACUGGCAUGCUUUCUACUGUUGACUUCUCGUCUUGUGAGUUCUAGCUGACUUUUCCUUUCAUUUGCCAAAACCGUUGAUGGAUCAUGUUUUUAACCCUUAAGUCAGCCAUUGGACAUGGUCCCAUGUUUUUUUUUGUGAGCUGUUAUUUAUGUUGCCACCCACGCUUGUGUGCCUCUUCCUGUUUGACUGAAAGCUCUCCUUGUUUCAUUUUUUUCUGAGAUUAUCAUGGUGCUAGUAAAAAGCUUAGAGCUUUCUUUCUCAGGUUCUAGGACUGAGGUCUUACCGUCUUUUCUGACCCCAAGAUUUUCUCUAUUUUCUCUUUUUCACCGUUUCCUAUUCAUCCGCAACCAUGUUUUGUUUUUUCCAGACCAUCUUUUUUUUCCCAUUUUAUUCAUUUUAUUUUUUUCAUUUUGAAAGAACUCCACUGAUGUGUUUCUUUCUCAGCCUUUGUUUAGAUCAGAGACCACUUGUGUUUUUAUGCCACCAUGCUUUAUACUGUUGUAUUUUUUUCUUCUUUUUGUAAUUUAUUGUGAUGUCCCUAAUCAUGUCUUAUGAAUGCUUUCACACAACACUGACUGCUGAGGCCUUCUGCCGAAAGUCUCCCUACCUGACACGUUACAGUUCGACUUCUCAGGCAGAAGUGUGAACAUCAGAGGUAACAGGCAACGUAAGAGUCUUUUAUCUCUGUAUUUUAAUCAUUGAAUAGAUGUGCAUUUUCUCCAUUUCAUAAUCUGACCCCCAAGAUUGUCUACAGUUGUAGCAGACGGGGGCGCUAAGUUCUUUUUUUUUUCAAAGAGGUUUCGAUUUCCUUUGCUUGUGUGUUCAAACUGAAGUCUGAACAGAGUGAUUUAAUUAUGCAUGUUAAGAGUAUGCAUAUUUUUUUAUGAUGUGUCUCAGUCGGUUGGCUUAUAUAUAUAAAUAUAAAUAUAUAUAUAUAUAUACACUGUUUUCUCAUCAGAGAGCAUGAGAAUGAAUAAUAAUGAGGUGCAAACGUUAACAUAAUGCCAGCCCCCCACCAAAACCUUCAUCGUGUCCUGGAAGUUUUGUUGACAUGUUCUUCUGGUGACAUCCCCAUGACGACUAUAAAAAAGAUGUAAAAUUCCAUAACUAUUGCAAGGAUUCUACCUCAACUUGUAAAAGGAACAACAUCAGAACUCGGGCGACUAAGCACUAUAGCACCACGGUGUAGUUGCCUAUUAUUGUGUGCAAUGAAGGUCAUGUGAGCUGUUGGUGAAUCAUCACAAUUUUAUUUUACUGCUGUUGAAAGCUUUUGCUCAUGUUGAUUUUCUCUUUUUAACUAACUUUUUGUUUCUUUGUUUGUUUGUUUUUUUUUAAAUGGUGUAUAAUUGUGCAAAAUGUAUCCUUGUAACUUUGUAUAAAACGAACCCGGAGGUGUAAAUACUUGUAUCAUAUUUCUAAAGUGGAUUCAUUUUCUAUGCACUUUUUUAUUUAUUGUUAUUUGAUUAAUAAAGCUGUUAAACAUUUGAA